AUGUCUUCCCAGAAAUCUUUCACAUUCUCGCUCGGCACGGGGACUCCCCUUGACAGAGUUGCAUCUCUUCUCUCCACUGUUGAUGCUAAACCAGACUACGCCUACGAACGACAAGGCCCCUGGCAUGUUGGCAUUGGCAGUCUCGCAUCCUUGGCUAUGGAGUCGGAUGGACGGCACGCCACAAUUUCUACGCUCGGCGGAAGCGACUUGGCGAGCCACUGGAUUCAGUCCCGAAUUAGUCAUGUCUCUGGAGAACGGCCGCGUCACGACAGAGCCGCUGGCUGGCACCCAUUCAUGUGGUUGCAGCGACGCGGAGCGUCUGAAAUGCGACAAGAACUUCUCAGUGACUCCAAGGAGAUUGUGGAACACGUUCUGUCCGUCAAGGCCGCGGUCGAGGAACUUGAGCAGAUUUGCUCGAACGAUACCGUCGUUGUCGAUGACUUCAUGUCAAUCAGGGAGCGCGGCAAGACACACCCCCGUGAACUGUACUCUGGCAGCGUCAUCAUGCUUGAAGGAUCAGACUUUUUUGAGGGAGCCCUGGUACUCAGAUUGGUUUAUCAAGAUGAGGAGAAGGCAUGGGUGCAGGCAGGCGCGGGAAUCAUCGAUCAGUCUGAGCCCGCGCGCGAGUUUAUUGAGACAGUUAAGAAGCUUAGCACCAUUGCGCCAUUUGUGGUGCCUCUCUGA